GCAGACACCGACGAAGGCAGAUGACACACCGAAGACCGGAGACCGUUUGCUUUUAAUGUUCUGGCGACAUGCAUCAUUAACACAACAGCAGACUCUGACGUUUCAUUCUAACUUUUGUUGAUAGAGUGUUUUCUGUUUUGACUUAAAUAACUUUACUGCGCAGUGACGCGCACACAGCGACCGAAUAUGCACUGUCAAGCCGAGCUGAGACUAGCCUCGCCAGGCCAACUGAAAGCAGCCAGGCGGCGCUACAAGACGUUCAUGAUCGACGAAAUCCUCUCAAAGGAAACUUGUGAUUACUUCGAAAAGCUUUCUCUUUAUUCGGUGUGUCCUUCUCUCGUCGUCCGCCCCAAACCUCUUCAUUCAUGUACAGGGCCUUCCUCCCUACGCGCGUAUCCGCUCUUGUCUGUCAUUACCCGGCAUCCACCCAACAUCCCUCACUUGUCUACCCCUUCACCGCCUGGACAAGUGGCCCACCUGCCCCUGCUCUCCCCUCACCAUCCCCACCCUGCAGAGCCCUCCCCCAGCGAGACACCCGUCAGCAUCAGCAGCGAAUCGGACACAGAGCACAGCAGCGCGGCACGCUUGAAGAAGCCCCGGCGCAGCCGCACCAUCUUCACCGAGCUGCAGCUCAUGGGCCUGGAGAAGAAGUUUCAGAAGCAAAAGUACCUCUCCACGCCCGACAGAUUGGAUUUGGCUCAGACGUUGGGGCUCACUCAACUUCAGGUGAAGACCUGGUACCAAAACAGACGCAUGAAGUGGAAGAAAAUGGUGUUAAAGGGAGGGCAUGAGGCCCCCACCAAGCCCAAAGGGCGGCCCAAGAAGAACUCCAUUCCCACCACCGAGGAGAUCGAGGCGCAGGAGAGACUAGCAGCCAUGCUAGUUGAUGAGGAUCGUCUGAGACAGACACAGACAGAGGUCGGGGCCCACACCCAGGCCCACGCCCAGGCCCAGGGACACCUGUACCAGUCCCAACCCCAGGACCUGAGCACAGGCAGUGGGGUCGCGGAGUCCCACAGCCCCCCUGUGGCCCAGGCGCCAGCCACCAGAGAGCAGCAGCAGCUGCUUCCACUGUCGUCACCGAAGACACACACGGCCAGCUAAACGCUGCCCCAACAGUCAGAGACUGGGUCACAGUGCCAUUGCAUUAAGAAGCACUUAGUGCCUCACGAUCCCUAACCCUAUCAAGAGCUGUGAUCACUAACGUCCAAAGUCAGGCUCUCUGAUAGGUCUUUUUUCAGUCUGGGGCUAGUCCUCCGAGUGGAGAGGUCUGUCGUACUGUUAAACUGCUCCAAUGGGGGUUGGUUGGAUCUCAGUUGCCUCUCUAGUACUAUAUCAGUGUUCAUUGUUCAAGCUGCCAGAAAUGCACGCACACACAUGCAAGCUACGAUAAAUCUACCAAUGAGGUUUGACACACCUGCAAACUCUUGAGUGAAUCAUUCAGACAAACACACUCCAGUGAGAUCAUACUCUGACUGUUUUAUUUUAGGCUAAAUUUUUAUGAGUAGCCAUUAUUUAUGUAUAAAGCACUGAGAUUGUAUUCAGCGGUAAGGUCUAUCCAUUGCGUGCCAAAAAAACAGACAUAGAACAUUAAAUCUGCCCAGUGGGAUUUGGUGCCUUCUCAGAUUAAUCAAACAGAUGUUCCCAUUUUCAAAACAGGGGGUCGGUUUAAGUAUUAGAAACAGGUGUAUAUUUACAGUAUUGUAUUUUUCUAUUACAGUAAAUAUUGGUUUCUCCAAGAGGUUUGCUUGGGUGUAGAGGCCUUUUUUUCUCGGAUUGCUUUUUGAGCAAGUGAUACAGCUAUUUUAACCAAAGCUACAAAUCAGAGUAUUUCUCUAGUAGAGCUAUCCCUACUAUUAUUUUUUAGUAUUCUUUUUUUAUACAUGUGUCGCUUACACCCACCUUUCUUCCACCGCGAGAAAUGUAUAUUUAGAGAUGAAAGUGUACCAUGAGCACUGUAUAAUAGCUAAUAUUCAA